AUGGCUAAGCUCGUAGAAGAAGCUCAGAGCAGUAAAACCAAAUCUCAGAGGCUAAUAGACAAAUGUUCUAAGUACUAUACUCCAGCAAUCAUCGUUGUAUCAGGUUGCAUUGCGGCUGUCCCGGCGAUAAUGAAAGUUCACAACCUCAACCAUUGGUUCCACUUAGCACUAGUUGUGUUAGUCAGUGCUUGUCCCUGUGGUCUUAUCCUCUCUACACCAGUUGCUACUUUCUGUGCACUUACUAAAGCAGCAACUUCAGGACUUCUGAUCAAAAGUGCUGAUUAUCUUGACACUCUCUCAAAGAUCAAGAUCACUGCCUUCGACAAAACUGGGACUAUUACCAGAGGAGAGUUCAUUGUCGUAGAGUUCAGGUCACUCCAUAGAGACAUAAGCCUACGCACGUUGCUUUACUGGGUAUCAAGUGUUGAAAGCAAGUCAAGUCAUCCAAUGGCAGCAACCAUUGUGGACUAUGCAAAAUCUGUUGAUGUUGAGCCUAGGAUCGAAGAAGUUGAGGAUUAUCAAAACUUUCCAGGUGAAGGGAUCUAUGGGAAGAUUGAUGGAAAUGACAUCUACAUAGGGAACAAAAGGAUUGCUUCAAGAGCUAGGUGUUCAACAGUGCCAGAGAUUGAAGUUGAUACCAAAGGAGGAAAGACUGUUGGAUACAUCUAUGUAGGUGAAAGACUAGCUGGAGUUUUCAAUCUCUCUGAUGCUUGUAGAUCAGGUGUUAUUCAAGCAAUGAAGGAACUGAAAGAUCUUGGAAUUAAAACCGCUAUGCUAACUGGAGAUAAUCAAGAUGCAGCUAUGCAUGCUCAAGAACAGCUAGGGAAUGCUCUGGAUGUUGUACAUGGAGAACUACUUCCAGAAGACAAAGCCAGAAUCAUACAAGAGUUUAAGAAAGAAGGACCAACAGCUAUGGUAGGAGAUGGUGUGAAUGAUGCACCAGCUUUAGCCACUGCUGAUAUUGGUAUCUCCAUGGGUAUCUCUGGCUCUGCACUUGCAACACAGACUGGUCAUAUCAUUCUCAUGUCAAAUGAUAUCAGACGGAUACCACAAGCCAUAAAGAUAGCGAGAAGAGCUCAACGCAAAGUUGUCCAAAACGUGUUCAUAUCCAUCAUUUUCAAAGUAGGAAUACUGAUUCUGGCAAUUUGUGGUCAUCCUUUGGUUUGGGCUGCUGUGCUAGUUGAUGUAGGGACUUGUCUGCUGGUGAUUAUGAACAGUAUGUUGUUGUUGCGAGAGAAGGACAAAGGAAAGAACAAGAAGUGUUACAGGUCUUCUGGUUUGAAUGGUACGAAACUUGAAGGAGAGGCGGCUGAAGAGCUGGACUUAGAAGCUGGCUUGUUAUCAAAGAGUCAAUGCAACUCAGGAUGUUGUGGUGAUAAGAAAGCUCAAGAGAAGGUGAUGAUGGUGAAACCAAGUAGUAAGUCCAGUUCCGACCAUGGCCACUCUGGUGGUUGUUGUGGUGAUAAGAAGCAAGACAAUGUAAAAGUGCUUGUGAAAGAUAGCUGUUGCGGUGGGAAGACCAAGAAACCAGAUGGAGAUAUGGCUUCAUCGAGCUCAUGCAAGAAGUCUACUCAUGUCAACCAUAACACGAAACUGAAAGAGAAAAAUGUAGAGAUGCAGAUUCUUGGGGAUGAGAUAAUUGAUUUGGAGAAAGGUCUGAAGAAAAAAGCUGGUGAAGCCUGCAAAUCAAGCUGUUGUGGAACUAAAGAGAAAGCUAUGGAAACAUCUUAUCUGGAGAAGGAUGUGCUGAUUAAGGAGACAGUGAAGAAAACCGAGGAGAUAACUCUUGCUUCUGAAGAAGAGACGGGCAGUCUUGAUUGCUGGUUGGAUAGCUGCGAGAACAAGACCACAGUGAAGCAAAGCUGCCAUGAGAAGACAAGUCUAGACAUUGAAGCUGGUGUAAGUGGUGAUCUCAAGUUGGCUUGUUGUGGUAACAUAAAAGGAGAAGAAGUGAAAGAGAAACUUGAUCUUGAGAUAAAGAGUGAAGGACAAUGCAAAUCUGUUUGUUGUGGACCUGGUGAUGAAAAACAAACCGGAGAGAUUACUCUGGCAUGUGAGGAAGAGACAGACGGUUCUGAUUUCUCCUCAGGAUGUUGUGGAAACAAGGAGGAAGUGGGACAAAUCUGCCAUAAGAAGGACUGUCUGGAGACUGAAGCUGGUGUAAUUUGUGAUCUCAAGUUGGUUUGUUGUGGGAAUGCAGAAGGAGAAGUGAGUGAGGAAUGUGAUCUUGAGAAGGGCUGCGGAAACAAGAAGGAAGUGGCACAAAUCUUUAAUGAGAAGCCUGUUAGCAAAUCUCCAUGUUGUGGAACUGGUUUGAAGCAAGAACAAGGGUCGUCUGGUUUGGUCAAUGUGGUGGAGAGUGGUAGCAAAGAGCGGGAGAUGGUGAAGGUUUCUAGCCAAACCUGUGGCACAAGUUCUACUACUGAUCUGGUGUUAUCUGACUUGAAAGUGAAGAGGGUAGAGAAAUGUUGCAAAGUGAAGACUCCAGAGGCUUGUGGAUCUAAAUGUAAGGUCAAAGAUAAGCGUCACAUCAGUAAAAGCUGUUGCAGGAGUUAUGCCAAGGCAUAUUGUAGCCACAAGCACCAUCACCACCACCAUCACCACCAUGUGGGGGCUGCUUGA